UGCGCAGUGAUCGCUAUCACCGACGACAUGGCGCUGUCAAAGACGCUGUACAAAGCUAUCUUCAGGAGAUCGUCCACUUUCGCUGUAGCCAUCGUGGUUUCAGCUGUAUUUUUUGAGCGAGUGUUCGACCAAGGGGGCGAUGCGCUUUUUGAGUAUUUGAAUCGCGGAAAGCUGUGGAAGCACAUCAAGCACAAUUAUACGGAGAAAACAGGGGAUUAGGAUCCCGGCCCGGGUUUUGUAAGGCUGCGGUGCCAGUGUUGUCAUCAUGGAUCCAGAUCCUUCCUGGGUUCAUCUUCUGAAUCAUCAAGCAGCUAACAACAUUGACAGUGUGCACCGAGUCAAAUCCAAGCUGGAAGCGGCUUUCAGGGGACCUGUGGAAAGUGACAUCAGACCCACAACGUAGAUGGAGCAACGCUUCCUCUCUGUCCUUCCUCUUUGUUAAUAUUUCUAAUUCCCUCACAGAUUGUCAAUUGUUGUAUUAAAAAUGCCUCAAUGUCGUAUGAAA